UGCGCUAAUCCGGGCUUGCUGAAACAUCUAAAUGUUGUUCAAAACUGGGAAUUAUUCGUUCUGUCAUGUUUAAAAUGUAUAUUUAAUCAUUCUUUAGCUUUACAAGUGUUCAUUUUGUGUAUAAUAUUCCCAAUAUUUCAUUACUUCAGUUGUUUAUUUAGUAAUCCAAAGUAACUUGUGGCAAACCUUUUUGAAACGACUGGUUGAGAUAUUUUUUGUGUACAUAUAUUAUGGAUGAAGGGAGACAAAGCACACCUAGCACAGAAGAUGGUCAGGAGAAUCCCAUGCGUGUUGACACUCCAGGACCCCUCCCACAGCACCAAUAUAGCCGGGAGAAGCUAUUUGAUAUUUCAGAAAAUAACGCAUCGCAAAGCAGACCAACAUGCUUAAUCAAGGAUUAUGACAAUUCUGAUGGAAUGUGGGACCCUGAAAAGUGGUUCCGGUCCAUUCAUGGUUCUCGUGAAAACUCACCACUGACGGUUGCCACGGGUGACCGUAAACGACAAAAUGAUGAUAGAGAAACUUUCACAAGAAGGCGUUCUUCAGAUCCCAGAAUAGAGCGAAUAAAAGAAGAAGAGCGAGAUGGCAUUAUUCUGAGUCCGCAGCGACGUAGUUUCGGCACUGGCUGUCAUGUGUCAACACCGUUCAAUCGAACAAUCAGCCUCCCAGCAGAAUCAUACAAAGAAAAUGGCGAUAGAGAUAGAGAAAGACGGGAACGGAGAAUUGGAAGUGGACGUAUUCAGAUUGACAGGGAUAUAGGAAGAGAGCGUGAUUACCGUGGCGUCCGAGACCGGUAUGAGCGAGAAGAUCGCAGGAGUGAGCGUGAUGACAGGCGAUCGGAAAGAGAUGACCGGGUGCUGGAGCGUGAAGACAGAAGGAGCACUCGUGAUGACCGGAGGAAUGAUCACGAUGACCGGAGGAAUGAACGUGAUGAUCGGAGAAAUGACCGUGUUGAUGACCGGCGGAUGGACAGAGGUGACCGCCGCAGUGACCGCGAAGACAGGCGGGUCAGCACAGGCAGCAUGUAUGACAGGAAAGAUCGCUACGAGAGAGACAGAAACAGCUAUGAUAAUCGAUCAAAUUACAAAAGUAAUUACAGAGAAGGUUCGAGAGGUCACCGCAAGAACACCCAUCAUGAAGAGGAGCCAGAAUGGUUUACCAGCGGUCCCACCAGUCAGCAUGAUACAAUUGAGCUCUGUGGUUUUGAAAAAGAAGAAACUAAUCGUGAGGAAGAGUAUGAAGAAGAGAAACAAGUCGUUCAGGCACCUGUUCAGACUGAAACCAAUGAAACCAACACUGCUGCCAUCAGUGUUACGGACAGGAAUGGUAGUCUUGAAACUAAUGAAUCAAGCUCGCCAGAAAAUUCACCCACCGAACCAGAAACAAGAUUUUCACCCAAUUCGUCACAGUUUGACUUCAACCAGUUUUUCAAUGUGAAUAACAUUCCAAUACCAGGAUUAGCUGAUGACAGUACUGUUGAAAAAGAAGCUCCAUCUACAGGUAGUCGAUUUAGUCAGUGGUUCAUAAGUCAAGCCGGUCAUGCUGCUAGUCAGGAGAACAGUAGACGGUCGUCUCUGAACGAAGAAUUUGGAUAUUUAAAUGAUAUUCUGGAGGGAUCCAAGAGUCCUGUGGUUCCAUCACCUCCAUCUAGUCAAUUGUUCGACAAGAACAAAUUCUGUGCCUCUUUCGUAAUGGAUCCUAAGGAUGGUAUUGACCCAGCUGUUAUCCAGCAUCAGAAGGGCAACCCGAAUCAGGUCGUGCAUGCUCUCUUCAACAUGGCAUCCAUGGACAAGUCCAACGCCACAAUGAACAGCCACAACUUCAGUACACAUGAUGCAGAAGCUCAGUUGAAGGCCUUGUUGUUUUCUGGAAAGAAGGACUCUGCAUCUUCCAGUGGCACAGCUAGUCCUGCAAGCUUGGCAAUGGGUGUGUCACGCCGUGCCAAGACAUUGGCUGAACUUGAGGCAGGCUUCCACGGGGACUCUCCGCUUGUUCCACUGAACAACCCUAUGCAGCGCAUGAUGAGCCCGGCACAGCGACCAGUACUAACUCCCGAGUUGAAACAAGAGGAAGACCUAACGGCCUUCAACAAGCUGCUCAGCAUGAUGACUGCAGGAGCAGCAGCAGCUGUGGCACAUGACCAGCAACAACCAAAGAAUCCUAAUAUGGUAUCACAGAUACCUAGGUCGAUGUCACCACAGCUCUCACAGUUGAUGUCUAACAAUGAUUUCAUGCAGGCCCUUAUUAGAAAUAAAGAGCAGCAGCUUCAAAUUCAGCAUCAGACAUUGCAGAACAUGUGUUUCCAGCCUCAGGUGCAGCAGCAUACGCCUACAACUUCACAGCCGUCGUUCACGCAUUCAUCGCCAGCAGGAGUCGGAAAUCCUCGCAUCAUCUCUCACGAUCCCAUCUUGAACUUCAUUCAGCAGAAUCCCACCAUCAUCACCAAACCUCCAUCUCCCGCGCCAAAUAUCCCAGCACACCUGCACAACACGUCUACUCCGAGAGUUAUCUCCCCAUUGCAGAUGAUCCCGCCGAACAUGAUGCCCAGUCAGGUUCAGCAAACUCAGCAGAGUCACAGGACGAAGAUUCCAUCGCCAAUCAUGUUUAGUCAGCAGCCUCCAAUGCAUUUGAAUGCACCAUCUCCUAUUCACCCAUCACAGUUAUCACGGACACUAGCAAACAGGAGCAUCUCGCCUCAAACCCAGCAUCUGAUUACUCCUGUUGCAAUUCGCCCACAGACUGCACGUAUACCAAGCCCCAAAGAACUGAUAGCCCACACGCAAGUCAUCAUGCAGAAUGCUCUUAUUAAAAAGCAACUUGAAGAUCAAAAAGAACGCUUCCUUAAAAAGCAGCAAGAAAGAUCUCGGUCACCAAACCAGAUGGCACAACAGAAGUUUGUAUCAGAGACAUCUGCAAUGACUGGCCAAGUGAAACCUACAAUGUCUGUUGCAUUUACCCCUACCUCUGUCAUCAGGAAGAUGCACAGUGACCGCGUUACUGAAAAAGAAAAGAGAGACUCCGACAGCAGUCACAACAUUCCAUUCCCCUUUGUUACAGACUCGCCUGUACAGUGCCCGCCCAUCAAGCAGCUCGUCAAGCCGGACAGUUUGAACGAGAACGGUGAUGACAAUGAGGCCGACCGAUCUGAAGGGGGCAACGAGCGCAAACUGGACAACUCUCAGAUCAUGUCUCAGCAGGACCAGGAGAUAAUGGCUCUUCCCGGAAUCAACUUCAGUAACGACCCGGAGCAGGUUAUGAUGCAUAUUGAGGACAAGCUGAAGAUGUCAGGAAUAUCUGUCCAAAGCGGUGUGAACAAGCCCAUGCCUAUCCUAGGUGCACUUCCAAAGGACAAGGGAAUGCGGCCAGUCGUUGGUCAGAGACCCAUGCAGUGCAGCAUGCCUCAAAACAAUGUAGCAAACACCAUGCCCCCGAUGUUCAGCACAGCACCCGUUCCUGGAAGACCCAUUGUUAAAGAUUCAGGAAGCUCAGUGCCAAAUGUACAGAGUGGCAUCCCCACAAUGCUGGCUGGAAUGACGAGUAUGACUCCAGUCUCAAUGUCAUCCCCUGGCAACGCACGACCUCUUACUGGCAUGUCCGCAGCAACACCAACUAUGCGCUCAGAUGGUCAGCGGGCAAUAGUUGGAACAAACUGUACAGUCGGAAAUGAUAUGUCGAAACUUCUGGAGCAGCAACGCUUACAACAGCAGCAGCAGCAGCAGCAACAGCAGCAGCAGCAGCAGCUGAGACAGAUUCAGAACACUCAGCUGGGUCGACCUCUGGGAACUCCAGUGUCAGCACAGUCGUUUGGUGUGCCAAUCACUGGUCGCUUACCUGUGCAGUCGAGCCUCCCACCGCCAUCUCUACCACCACCCGUUCACCCAGUAGCCGCAAAUGCCCUUCUCAUGCAGCAGAUGAUGCAGAGGAACCUAGCACCAAAUGCAGCUAGUGUUAACGCCAUCAAUCAGCUGAACCAGAUGAACCAAUUGAACCAAAUAAACCAGUUGGUGGCAUUCCAGGCUCAGCAGAGAAUGGUUGACCCUCGGUUGCAGGGAGCCAGGUUUCCUCCGGUUGUGUCGCCUAUGCUGAGUCCUAGGAGCAGUGUGGCUAACAGUAUUGGCCUGACUCCUGCAGGGAAUCCUGCUAUCAGUGCUGUGCUUGGCAGGGCCAUUUCACCUCAUGUUAUGCCAGGCCAGAAAUUGAAUCUGAAUGGCCCAUUGUCACCUAACAUGCAGUCGACACCUAUAACUUCAAUGAGUGGAAACAAAGGCAUUGGCAGUGACCCGCACAUUUUGAAAUGGUUCAGCCCAGAAGUUCUUAAGAAUCAGCUGCCAACCAUGCCGCCACUUCCAGUGCAAGGUCAGAAGGUGCUCACCCUGGAUGAUCUGGAAGGGGCGCGACAGGCUCUUACCAACUGAACUAGUGUUCCUCUCUUGUGAUGGAUGGAUUGGUGUGAUACACAAACUAGUGCAGUCUCGUUGGUUUUGUGAGAGUCUGGUUGUAUUGCAAGUUUGUCCUAUAUUUUGUUAUUUGUGAGAAUGAUGUGAUACAGUGGUCUGAAUCUGCGAGUGAAUGGUGUGUAGUCUUUAGUGCUGUGUACAUAUUAUAAAUAGUCUGUAAAUAUCAGUAUCUAUAUAUGAUGGUUUUUUGACAUUCUCACGAAUCCCAGUUUUUGAAGUAUUGAACAGCAUUCACUGUUAACAAGAAAAAAAUGAAGAAGUUAUAUUGAGUAAAGAUGUGGAACUUUCAAACGGUUUGGAUGCAAUAGCUGUUUUGUAGAAAAUGUUAUAUAGGCUAUGUAUGUUUAUGCUUACGGGAAAUAAGAUAUUGCCACAAGUUACUUUGAGAAAUUAGAUACUUUUUCCUUUCUUUAUCAUGUCAUGUUCUUAUUUUAAUGUAAACAGUAUUGCCAUCACGUUCAUACAUUUUGUAGUGUGAAGAAGAGCACUGCAUUUCAUUCCCAUCCUGUGAACUUUAUUUUGUUGAAAAUGUAUUUUUUUUUUUUUUUUGGUUUUUGAAAUGGAAAGAUAUUCCAUAACUUGUACCUCGUUCAAGUAGCUUAUGUAAAUAUGUCGUUUGUUUAUGACAUUGUGUGGUGUUUGUGAAGUGUACAUAGUUUUUUUUUUUUUAUGUAUGUUUGUUAUUGUGUCACAGUUCAAAAUGCAUAUCUUAUAUUGUGUGUUGUCUUGUACAAAGUGUCAAGUUUUUCUGUGUGUCAAAGUGUCAACUUUUGGUCUUUAAUUUGGUAUGUGAAUUUUUGAGUCUUUUCUUCUUCUUUUUCUUUGUUUUUGUGCCCCCAACUACUAAAUUCCUUUAUGCACUGACGUGAAGUGUCUAAUGUGGUGUCUACCUAAGUGUUGUCUGCAGUCCCGAGUAACUUGUUAAAUUGUCAUUUGUCAAAUUUAAAUCGUAUAUAUAUAUAUAUAUAUAAGCUAAAAAAAAAAAUGUUUUUAUCCAAUUUGGUUAUUUUCUUCAAUAUUGAAGAAGAUAUAAUAUGGAAGAAAAUUACCUAAUUGCUGCUGUUAAUACAUAAUUGAUGCAAGUGUGUUGUGAAUUGAGAGCUUCAUUUUGUUCUGUAAAUACCUUCAUUGUACGUGUAGUUGUGUUGGUAUAAAGUAGAGGUUAAUUUUAUGUCGUCGUCAAAAAUGUAGGAAGAAGGAAAGCCUGAAAAUAGCUUUUGAAAGUUAUAAAUACAGAUAUAACUGGCAAGCUAUUUUCUUUGGAUGUUUGCCAUUGAUUUUCUUAUUGUAACAGAAGUGGACAAUUUUAGUAAGAGGAAGAGGUGAAGAUCGAUCAAGAAUUUGAGGUGCCCGCCCAUUAUUUGCAAUACUGGAAGUGACAGCAAUGUAAUCGAAGCCAUUGUCAGCACUACCAGGGAAGAGUGCAGAAGUCUGUGGUUGGACAAUGAGAUCUUUCUACCAGUGCCUACCAAAUGUACUAGAACAUCAUCAGUAAUACAGAGAUGUGUGCUGUUCAGAAUGAAAUUGAACACUUUACCAAUAAGUCCAAUAUUUGUAACAUGACUGUCAAGUGAUUGUGUCUCAAAGAAUUGACCAGAUUUUCCAACAAAGAUGUAAGUCACUUUAAAUCUGACACCUUAUAACAUGUUUACAAACAUAAAAUCCCCAAAGAAACAUGUACUGUAUGGCCGUCAAAAAAAAGAGAAAAAGAAUGCAGAUGGUGACAAAAUCAUUUGCGAAGAUAAUAAGAAAAUAGACUGUCAAUUAUAUCUACAUUUAUUAAUAUAUGCGACACAGCAAUGAAGAUCUACACAGAUGCAUAGUACAUGCAGAUGGUGAAAUUGCUGUCGACAGCCAAUACAAUUGGAAUGGUGAUUGAGGUUAUGGUUGUAAAAUAUAGUGGGCUUGGAAAUUUCGUCACAUUUAGGCGGGAAAUAUGAUUGCCGAGAUUCCCCAUAUCUAGUAGGGAGUGGAUGUUUACAAAUAUUCUUGAAGAUCCGUACUGUCUGACUGUGAUUGAAGACAGUGUUGUCUUUGUGGUAAAAAAGAAGCUGCUGCUGGAUACAUUUGACCAAAACAGAGCUUCAUCUGUCCGAACAUAUCAAAAUAUACCUCUGGGUUGGGGGUUUUCAGAAGAUUUCGAAAGUAAUUUAACCAAUAAAUCAACCUCCACUGAGGAGCAUUUUAUACCAGCACUACUACAUAUGCAUUAUUAAGUACAUGUAAUCACUGGAGAGUGCUGUGGUAUUUCUCUUAGAUCUUCUGUUGUGGGUUGUAUUCUUUUAACACUUACAUUAUCUUCAUAUUGUCUGAAAGGUCAUUAAUAGUUGUUUCAUCAUCAUCAUCAUCAUCAUCACCUCAUAUUUUGGUCAGAUACUUAAGUAUAUAUAAUUAUCUAUAUAUUUCGUACACUAACAAAUAAUAUAUGGGAAAUAAGUUAAGUUUAAAAAUUGGUUUUAAACUAUUACUAGUACUUUGCAAUUACUGUUAUUUAGAGGGGUUUUGUUUAAAAAAUCAAAAAAAUCAUCUUUGUAUUGUUUGUUGUAGCUGUUUUAAAGGAAAACUAUAAAACUAAUUUUAUUAUUUCUAAUAAUUUAAAUUUAAAUGAGAAGAUUUAAAAAACACAAAAAACCUACAAGUUAUGUAUUAUACUGAAUAUUUUCGUUUGUGUAAAAAUAUGUACAAGUGGGCAUUAUUCUAUUUUUGUAUAAACAUGAAAACAUGGAUAAAAACCAGGAAAUAUGUAGACUGAAAAUGGCCAUUUUCAGAAUCAUAAUUAAUAGGGUAGAUAGGUGUAUGAGCAUAAAGACAUGUUAAAAUGUGUUACUAUGGAUUACUGCAGCAAAUACAGAUUAGUGGUGGGACUCGGACACGUCUUUAAAAUCAAAAGAGCUUUUCACAUUUGCCCUCAUUUGUUUGAUAUUUUGUUUUGACAUGUUGUGGUUUUGUACCAUGUUCUGUAUGUACUAGUGGACAUUUUACCAGGAAUGUGCUAUGGUUUUGACAUCGGUGUGGGAUGAGUCUUGCUUUAAACAGUCUGUAUACAUGUUUUUGGCAGCUGUCAUAAUUUAGAAUGGAGGGAAGAAUCAUUUGGAUUGUGGGGAGGGGUUCUGCUUACUGUGUUCCUACACAUUUCUUAGGUUAUUGUGAUUAGUUACUUAAUAGCUGUUAGUAGACUCCAAAAUGAUCAUUUUAACAUUGCUUCUUCUUUUUUCUUUUUCUUUUUUUUGCGCUCAUUUGAUACAAAUCUGUGUCUCUAGUCAAAUCAUCCAAUAUCUUUUAAUUGUAAUAAAAGCAUUUUCAAUUAACUUCUUGGAAUGGUAAAGACAAAACCUCACUAUCAAAACCAUAGCAUCCUCUUUAAUAAAAAUUGGUCUUUGUUUCCGAGCUAUUGAGGAGAAUCUGUUGGUACAGGACAUUUGUACUUUAUGUUCUACCAGGCCAAACUCAACAUGACACCCCUACUGAAAAGCUGAUUCAUGCCCUUAUUAGCUUCAGUAUAUCUUUGUUGACUUCAUCAUAAACAAUACUGUUAAAAUUCAAGUUUGUGGGGAUGGUGAGUGGGUGGGAAGGAUACUUGUUCAAGAAAACCAUAGUGCUUUAAAGACACUAUCACUGGAUUCAUGCAUAUUUUAAAAUGUCACUAAAAUGCCUCAUAAUUCUUCAAUCUGCUUCACUGAUGUGUGGGUGCGACCUAGAUCACUUUCAUCACAACUUUGUAGUAGGAAUAUUAGAUUAGUGUGUUUAAAAAUUCUGUGCCAUAUUCCAUGAAACAGUUUCAACAUGCAUAUAAGGCUAUUGGUACAGUGUAUUUGAUUCACCAUUGAGUUUCAUAGAUAAUGAGGACACUAGCUAAUAUUUACCAAUAAUCUACAUUGCAGCAGACGUUUCAUCCACUUGUUGGGCCAUGCUCUGUGGCGUAGGAUGAAGGAAUUGGUAAUACUAGUGACUUAUUUUUGUAGUGGUGCUUAUUGGUUAACAUGGAACAUGACAUGGAAUCAAUUGUGGCUGGAUGUAAUAUAUAAAGAAAGUAGGUUUAGUCGAUUUUUUAUCUUAAUAAAUUGAAGAUUUGUCUAAGAGGCUAUUUUUUGGUCCUAUAAACAGUGAAUGUUUACAUGUAAUGUGUCAAUGUUUGGUGCAUAUUGUGUUUGUUUUGGUGUUUUUGUGCAGUAUUUUUUGGGGGUUUAUUUUUGUGUUGUAUUUUUUUCUGUGGUGUCAUGUUAAAUACUGUGUGUUCAGUGCGAUCCUCCCCACAGUUUUCAUUGGAUUACUUUAUUGUAUGUUCUUAUUUUUCUUGUCAUUUAUGAUUGUUAAACAUGUUUUCUUCCAGACCCAGCUGUACAUAAGUUAUUUUGUAAGUUGUUUCUUUUUUUUUGUGUAUCACAGUUAUUGUGAUUUGCCUUUAAGACUGAAGAUCGGGGGUUUUGUGUCAUUAACAAACUAUAUUAUUGAGUAAAUUAUUCCAGCAAUAGAGAUGUAAUAUCUGUUUGUGAAACAUAUUUAUUUUUCUGUACAUCUGUCUGUAGAACAGGUACUGUUGUAUCGGUGACCAUAUUUCAGACAAAAAUCUAAGCCGAGUUUCCUAGAAGUUACCCUCAAAGUGCAUUUAAAUUGUUAUAAUAUUAGGUAUACAGUACUUUAAUUUGCUUUACAUAAUCUCACUAGGCAGUACAAGAAGAAGAAAAAAAAACAAAAAAAAAACAAGAAGCACAAUAUGAUUACUGAUUAAAACAUUUUUUUAAUAAAAUAACAGUAAAAUUAUUUUAUAUCUCAAUUGUUAAUUUUGUGGUUAAGUCAACAAGCAAAAAAAAGUAAAGUGUGUAAAAUUGCUGUUUUCUUGUCAUAAAAUUAAUGGAAAACAUUUCAAAAAUUUAUUUUAAAACAAUUUUUGCAAAAAAAAAACGUUAUGUAAUAUAUGUACUAAUUUCCUUUUACUUAAAAAACUGUAUCAGCACCAGAAACAUACAUUCAUUUGUCCUGUAUGAUACUUUAUUUAAAGCCAUACUUAAUAAAGUGCUAUUUAAUACUUCUGUUGAAAAAGAUGUAACGGUGAUGCAUGGAGUUGCUUUUCUUUCUUUAUUUAUUUUUGUUUUAUUUAUUUUAUUUUUGUUAUCUUUGACAGGCCAGCAUAAUAGUCAUGAAGUUCAUUGGCAUAUUUUGCAUGUUUGUUUGGUUUUUUUUUUUUUUUUUUCUUCUUUGGUUUUUUGUUGUUUUUUUCUCACAAAAACACCAUAUUUUAAAAAAUGGUAUACGUUUUUAAGAAACCUCCAGCAAGAAUAACGCCUGAUUGUUUAUGAGCACUAAAGGAGCAAGUACCAGACAAACAUAUUUGACAAUAAAUUGAAGGUACUUCAUUCAGACCUUUUUUUUUCUUUUAAAAAAAAAAAUAAAAAAAAUAGAAGUCUGUAAUAAUUAUGGAAAAUUAAAUGCCAGAUUUGGAAGCCUGCAUGUGUAAUAUUUAUGUUUUCACUAGAUCUAAACUUCUCUAAUGGUCAUCAGUUAGCAUAUGCAGAUGGUCCAUUAAAUAAUAUCAGUUAUAUUGACAGAUGAACUGAAACAGUUCAGUGUUUUAUAAUGAUUUCUUCAUUUUAAGUGUAUUUUAAUGUAGUGUCUAACUGUUAUUGUGUUUUUGAUAGGUAAAUAUUAUAUUGAAAUCUUGACUCCCAAAAGUCAGUUCCAGUGAAUACAUACUGUUCAGGUGUAAAUAUUUUUAAAUGGAUUUACCUUUUCAAAACCUGCCUUAUAACAUUUUAUAGAAAAACGAAAUAGCUUUUUUCACAUAAGUAAUACAGUAUGUCAAAAGUGUCAUAGCAUAGUUACGUGUGUGUUUGGUAUUUGGCAUAUUUGUUUGUUACAACAUAUUAGUGAACCAGGUAAUCUGAACUUGACCAGCUAUUGAUGUUUUCUUUUCAACAUUACCAGACCACUUGCGGGGGAGGGGGGGGGGGGGGGGGUGCACUUGUUGAGGACGGGUAAUGUAUCUAUAAAAGAGAAGACUCCCAAGUUUUCUCUAGUUUCUGGUUUGAGGUCAUACGUAGGACAUACUUGUAAUUGCAUUUUUUGGUGAGAUAUAUUGUCCUAGACAUACUUCAAUGGAUUAAUGUCUAUUCAAAAACACAAUAUCAAGUUGACUUCAGUUAACUUGCUAAUGCACUUAAAUAGUGGUUGAGUAGGAUUUUUUUUUCUGUAUGUAGAUGUAUUGAAAUAGAAUAGCAAGAAGAGAUAACUGCAACGGAUUUAUUUUUGUGCACAAUAAACUGUUUUUCUGUACAGAAUAGUUUCUAUAUGUAAACAGGUGAUGUAUGUUAUGUACACAAAUUUGUAAUAUUGACAAUAGUAAUAAUGUUUUGAAUAUUCACAUAUGUAUGAUUUUGCAGGUGUUUUUUUCUGAUUAUUUAUGUAGCAAAAUUUCCUAGUUUUUCAAAGUUUAUAGGUUUGUUACAUUUUAAGGAUGAAAGCAUCUGCUCAAUGUGUACUACAGCUUUCACAUCUGUUAACUGUCAUAUCUUCUUCUUUUUUAGGUGCUGUACAUUUUUAGUUAGCUCAACAUAAAAGUAAAAAAAAAAAAUGUUUUGAUACAGAAUUCUGGAUCAACAUCAUACUUGGGGUAGAUUUGUUUUUGUUUCAGUCAGUACUUUAAAAACUAUUUACAUGUAUUUUCUUUUCAAUUGCUAGUGGUUUUACCAGUAAAAAUAAAUUUCUGGGUUUUUUUUCUUCUUUUCUUCUUUAUUUUAUUGUCAGCAGUAGCCAUUAGCUUUUCAUCCAUCAAACCUUUUAUUGUCGGCUACAAAGUUGGUUUAGAGAUCUUGUUUGUAUCUAGUCUUGAAUAGGGUAUUACAAAAUUAAAAACUUUGAAAAAUCUGGAAUAUUUCGGUAUGAACCUAUUUGUACGAUAUAUAUUUGUACUGUUACCAAUAUGAAUGUGUAUGUAUUGUUUUCUUUGCAUUAUGUUUUUUUUCUUUCUGUAUGUUGCUGGGCUUGUUUUUGGUCACCUUGCCUUAAAUAAUCAUUUCAGCCAGUCUUGUAUCAUACAGGACUUCCAUUGAAUGGCAUAUUUCCAUAACAUGUUAUACCUUCGCCUUUAAUACAUUUAAAAAACACACAAAACAUUCUUUAAUUAAGCUGCCAUCUUUUUUCUGCUACAUAUGCAAAUUUGUGUAUUUGACAAUUAUUGGUGUUGUUAUGUGUUUCCAUUUGAUACAGUGUUGAUAAUAUUAUUGUACUCGAAGUAGACCCACUACAAUUAUUUUGCGAUAGACCUCCUUUUUAAAAAAAAAAGCUCAUCAAACACAUGGUGAAAUAGAGCUAUUUUUGAUUUGCAGCUGUUUACUGUAUAUCUGCAUUCAAUAUUUGGUCAGUGGUAUUCAUAGUUAUGUUAUGGAGAGAAUCUUAAACUCGUUUUUAAAGAAAACAGGGCAUUUCUCCAUUUCCAAAAAAAGGCAGGUAACACUUGUAUGGUUAUGUCGUCUGACGUGCUGUUUAGCACAACUGUUGUUUUGCAUUUGUUACAGGUAUUCUAUUUGGCUUUACACAGAAUGAGGCCAAAUUUAAACUAAUGUCAUGUUUACAAACUUAACAAAAAAUGAUCUCAAAGAAAACAUUUAAAAACAAAUAUUAAAAGUAUAUUACUGUAAUAGACAUUUGUGAAAUUGGAUAUUUAAAAUACAUAUAUAUAUUGAUUUGUUCAUGUAAGCAGUCUCCUGCAGAUUGGUUCCUGCAGGCUUACUAAGUUGAUGUGUGUUUAAGUAUGGGUUCUGAGUGUCAAUAAAUUUGCAAUCCUGUAUGUAAACACAAGCACAAAAAUAGCAUCUUAGUAGUUAUAUUUUACAUUGAAAAAAGAAGGAAAACCCAAUUCACUCAGAUUAAAAAAAAGGCUUUGUUUUACAUUUUUCAUGUGUUGACUUCACAAAAAAAAAAAACCCACAUAUUAAAUUAAAUUUUUAUCUUCUUGUUUAGUACUGAUACCUGAAAAAAAUUAUACUUAAGAAGUUCCUCUAUGCUAUAAACAUGAAUGUGUUUUGAGGGUAACUGAAUGGUUAUGAUAAAACCAAUUUACUUUGACCUACAUUCACUGUGGUCAUUUAUAUUUUACUGUUACAUUUAUACUGUAUGAAACACCACAAUAGGUAAAUAUACAAAAAAAAAGAGUACCAUUGUUUAAGCUAUGUGCAGGAUAUUUAGCAUUGCACCUGGCUUAAAUAAUCGUCAGUUUUUCAACAUAUCAGUGUUCUAUAAAUAUAAUAAAUUACUUGACAGAAGAUUUUUCAAAAUAUACCUUACUAUAUAAAUAUGGUCCAAUCAAAUGAUAACGGAAACAACACAUUUUAGUAUUCUUCCUUUGCUACAUAUAUUUUUGCAUAUGUGAUUGACACUCAGAAAAUAUAUUUGUUGACUGAUGGCCCAUCUAGAAGUCUGUUCUUUAUACCUGAAAAAGUGCUUCCCAUGUCAUGUAUAUUAUAAUUCUUUAUACUAAAAUUUACUGUGGUUUUAUUGUUUCCAUGCCUUAUAACUAUAAUGGGAGAUGUGUAUUUGAUGUGUUAAUACUUAUAUAAGACUAAAUUAAUAUCUAAUUGCACAAAUAUGUGGAACAGAUUUUGUUAACUACUUCUACCAAUGUAAUAUUUUUUGUUUGGAAAAUAGUUUAAGGCAAUGUAAAAUUGAAGCAUACAAAUAUUGGUCACUAAUGGUUGGGCAAAGCUAUUGGGCUGUACCCUUAUUAAUUUGACACUUUACGUUUGAAGGUAAAAUGCAGUGAUUUAUAAGUGAUUUUCAUAAGGAGCACAUUUUGAGGUAUAAGGAAUUAAAUAUGGACCUGCCAUUAAAACAAAAAUGGAAUCUGAACAAUUAUUUUGAAAAUGGCUAUCCUCACCAGAUAGUGGGGGUAAGCUGUGACAAUACAAAAGUAAAACAAAAAAAAUAAAAAAAUCUUCAUUG